CCUUUGCAGGAAUGGGAGCUGGUGGUCCUGGGGAAGUUGAAGUGGAACCUCGCGGCAGUCACCCCGCAUGAUUUCAUCGAACACAUCCUAAGGAAGUUGCCUCUACCUAAAGACAAGUUGCUUUUGAUCCGGAAGCAUGCACAAACCUUCAUUGCCCUUUGUGCCACAGAUUUUAACUUUGCCCUGUACCCACCGUCAAUGAUAGCAACUGGAAGUGUGGGAGCAGCCAUCUGUGGCCUUCAGCUCAAUGACGGGGACAGGUUCACGGACCUCCUGGCCAAGAUCACAAACAUAGAUGUGGACUGCCUUAAAGCUUGUCAAGAACAGAUCGAGGCGGUGCUAGUGAACAGCCUUAGGCAAGUCCGGCGGCAGCAACAGCAAAGCAAUCCUUCUAAGACGGUGGACGAACUGGACCAGGCCAGCACUCCCACAGACGUGAGAGAUAUCGACCUGUGAGGACAUCGGCACAGAAAGUCACGCUUGCUCCCCCAGCCCUUUUAUUUUUAUUACUAUUUUUAGAGUGAAAUCUUUUUUUUUUUUUUUUUUUUCAUCUGCUCCCACAUAGAACCUAUUUAAAGCUCUUUUAGAUAAAACAAAAAAUUACAAAAACUGAAUAAUGAAAAAAAAAAAAAAAAGCAUUUGGUGCCUGUGAUGUUCUACAGAAGGGAAUCCCACAAUAUAUUUGGUAAUUGCUAUUUGAUUAUGUAUCAGUGAUAUUAAAUGCUUAUAAAAGCAUACAAAGUAGCUAGAUAAAUGUAAGCCUGCAUUUGUGGGAACAAAGUAGAGUAUACUUGUCUGUGUAUUAUGACCUAGUGCAUACACCCCUUUUUUAGAUUUAAGAAAGGAAUCGUGUGUGCGAUUUUAUGGCUUGACUAGAUUGCAAAGCAAUAGAAUAAGGGGUUUAGGGCAAAGCGGGAAAAGAUCCCUGAAGCAAUUGAACCAUUUUGAAUGCAGAAGAGAUUUGCUGAUCUGUCACCUCUGUUAUUAGUCAGAAGUGUUUGUUGGAUCUCUGUAUGUUAGUUUUGUUUACUCUUGCUGUCUGUGGUAGCUGCUACCUAAGAAAGAAGAUGCUUUAUUUUGCCAGCCAGAAGAGCAGGUGGUUUUGGGGUUUUUUUUAUUGGGUUUAUUUUUGUUUUGGUUUUGGUUGGUUUUUGUUUGGUUUUUUUUUUUUUUUUUUUUCAAAUCACCCUCUCCCCUCUUGACUUUUUCUACUUUUCCUUCAGAAAUGUUUCAUUCUAAACACAGCAGCAUCUUUGGCAUAAGGGCAAUCCCAUUUUACCCAACUGUGGGCCAAGCCAAAGUUUCCCGAGUGUGUUCACGUUAGGUGGGGGAAAUGCACCAAUUAAUUCCGAGCAGACGGCUUAAUCAGCCCGCCUCCGACCUUUGGAUUGCAAGAUGUGGUGGAUCAUCUGUGAAAAAGCAUUAUAUUCCAGGACAGCACUAAUGCUUCACGUCAAUGUUAACUUUUGGCAGCUCCUUAGCUUGGCCGUAAAGACAUUGAAAUGAUGCUCUGUCCAUCUUCCUUUUUAACAUCUCCUCACUGGGUUAAAAGAAGAUGAGAUUUGGUUUGAUCCCUUUUCUA